UCCAGCUGCGCCUUUAAGGACCAGCGAAAAAGAUGGGACUCAAGUCCAGGAAGGCAGCAGCUGCGGGGAACGCUGGUAGCGGGGAGCAAGAAGAGAAGAAAGUAGGACUCACGGCUGGAGAUCUGGAGCAAGGUUCUUUGGCCUUGGGAGCUGGAGCAGAUAAAGAUGGGACCCUGCUGCUGGAAGGAACCGGGAAGGAAGAGGGGGGGAAGAGGAAUCCGCAAGGGAUUGGGCUUUUGGCCAAAACACCUCUGAGCAGACCUGUCAAGAGGAACAAUGCCAAGUACAGGAGGAUCCAAACUUUAAUCUACGACGCCCUGGAGAGACCCAGAGGGUGGGCGCUGCUGUAUCAUGCCUUCGUAUUUCUGAUAGUUCUGGGGUGUUUGAUCUUAGCCGUCCUAACAACUUUCAAGGAAUAUGAAACUGUUUCAGGAGACUGGCUGCUGCUGUUGGAAACAUUUGCCAUUUUCAUCUUUGGAGCAGAGUUUGCCUUAAGAAUCUGGGCUGCUGGGUGUUGCUGUCGAUAUAAAGGAUGGAGGGGGAGGCUCAAAUUUGCCAGGAAGCCUUUGUGUAUGUUGGAUAUCUUUGUGUUGAUUGCCUCUGUGCCAGUGGUAGCUGUUGGGAACCAGGGCAAUGUUCUGGCGACGUCGCUUAGAAGUCUGCGCUUCCUUCAGAUCCUGCGGAUGCUCCGAAUGGACAGGAGGGGAGGCACGUGGAAGCUUUUGGGAUCAGCUAUUUGUGCACAUAGCAAAGAGCUCAUCACUGCUUGGUACAUCGGGUUCCUGACCCUUAUCCUCUCCUCAUUCCUUGUUUACCUGGUCGAGAAAGAUGUGCCUGAAAAGGAUGCCCAUGGAGUAGAGAUGAAAGAAGAGUUUGAAACCUAUGCAGACGCACUGUGGUGGGGGCUGAUUACCCUAGCAACAAUUGGCUACGGUGACAAGACCCCCAAAACUUGGGAGGGGCGGCUGAUAGCAGCCACAUUCUCUCUUAUUGGAGUUUCAUUUUUUGCUCUUCCUGCCGGCAUCUUGGGUUCAGGGCUGGCUCUGAAAGUCCAGGAACAACAUCGUCAGAAACAUUUUGAGAAGAGAAGAAAGCCGGCAGCAGAACUUAUACAGGCUGCCUGGAGGUACUAUGCUACUAACCCCAACAGGAUGGAUCUCGUCGCCACCUGGAGGUUUUAUGAAUCAAUUGUAUCGUUUCCAUAUUUCAGAAAAGAGCAAUUGGAUGGUACUGCCAGCCAAAAGCUGGGUCUCUUGGAUCGGGUUCGUGGUACCAAUACUAAAGGAAAGCUAUUUACCCCUCUGAAUGUAGAUGCCAUUGAAGAAAGUCCUUCUAAAGAGCCUAAGAAUGUUGGCUUGAAUAAUAAGGAGCGUUUUCGCACUGCAUUCCGAAUGAAAGCAUACGCCUUUUGGCAAAGUUCAGAAGAUGCAGGAACAGGGGAUCCCAUGACUGAAGAUAGGGGUUACAGUAAUGAGUUCCUCAUGGAAGAUAUGAUCCCCACAUUGAAGGCAGCCAUCCGAGCUGUCAGAAUACUACAGUUUCGUCUCUAUAAAAAGAAAUUCAAGGAGACUUUGAGGCCUUAUGAUGUAAAGGAUGUGAUAGAGCAAUAUUCAGCAGGGCACCUUGAUAUGCUUUCCAGAAUAAAAUACCUUCAGGCAAGAGUAGAUAUGAUUUUUACCCCUGGACCUCCGUCUACUCCCAAGCAUAAGAAAUCCCAAAAGGGAGGAGCUUUUUCUUACCCUUCUCAACAAUCUCCCAGAAAUGAUCAAUAUGUAGCCAAAGCAUCCACAGCAGAUACUGAAGACCAAAGUAUGAUGGGCAAAUUUGUUAAAGUUGAAAGACAGGUUCACGACAUGGGGAAGAAACUGGAUUUUCUAGUCGAUAUGCACAUGCAACAUAUGGAGCAGCUGCAAGUACAAGUCACUGAGUUGUGUCCUUUGAAAGACGCUGCCUCCCCAGCAGAAGAGAAGAGAGAGGAAAAGAGAUACUCUGAAUUGAAAAGCAUAAUCUACAAAUACUCUGAGCCUUGCACUCAUGAAACUCCUUAUAACUUCCACCAGGUUCCAGUACACAAAGUCGGUCCAUAUGGUUUCUUAGCACAGGAUCCAAUGAAUUUUUCGCGCCCUUUUUCAUUAGGUGGGCAAAACUCUGGCAAGUUGCAGGCCAUGCCUUCUUCGACUUCAUAUGCAGAAAGGCCAACAGUUUUGCCUAUACUCACAUUCAUAGACUCCCGAGUAAGGUACCAGUCCCAAGGGGACCUGCAGAGCCCCAAUUCCGACAGGAUAUCUCCAAGGCAGAAAAAGAGCUUGACAAGAGACAGCGACACCCCAUUAUCCCUUCUUUCCGUCAACCAUGAGGAGCUUGAACGCUCCCCGAGUGGAUUCAGUAUCUCCCAAGACAAAGAAGACUUCCCUUUUGGUCCAAAUGGAGGAUCAACCUGGAUGAGAGAGAAACGCUACCUAGCAGAGGGUGAAACAGACACAGAUACUGACCCUUUUACACCAAGUGGCUCCAUGCCUUUGUCUUCAACAGGGGAUGGGAUUUCAGAUUCAAUAUGGACCCCUUCAAACAAGCCAGUUUAAAAAUGGUUGGGGGGGGUCACUGGUUGACUUCUCCGUGUAAUGUAAACAUACUUUGUAUAUCUCACUUACUGUACACCCAAAGCUUACUAGUUCAAAACACCGAUGGCUGCAUAAGAUGCAUGUGGUAUUAGUGGUAGUCAUUCUGCACCAUUUCAUACAAUUUACUAAUGCAGUUUUUUUCAUGCUACCAAAACUAAGCAGCAUAGUUUUGAGCAUGGUUUGCAUGACUUUACACUAUAUAAAUGGUACAGCUAAUUUCUUCUGUGAUACAUAUCUAUCUGAUGUUCUUCAAUAUAAUGAGGGUUAGAGCAAUGCCAGGUGAGAGGUGAUGGUUCAUGCUACUUUUUUUAAACAGAGCAACAAAGUAAAAAUAGUUUCGGGAGCAAUGUUCUGAUGUGGAAAUGUAUAUAAAUUAUUUGCUCCAUAUCAAUGCCCGUUUUCCAAUGCAAGUGAAUAAUUCUCUAUCCAGACUAGCCAGAAUCUUCCAAAAUUUUUAGCAGGGAAAAGGUCAGAUCAAAGUGUGUUACUGAUUUAACAUAAUUUCUGUAGCUGAAAGAUUUCUCAUGUCCCCUAUCAUACAAGUAUGAGUGUAUCAAAUGCAAUGUAAAACAGACAUUUGAGAUUUGCAAAGCCAUUUGGGGGAAUUAGAAACACGUAUUCCAUUAAUGCGAAUCACAAAUCUGAAUCCCUUUGACUGCUGCUUUGAAAAUCUCCAUCGGAGGUUAUAAAACCACCACUAGUGUGAUUACAAUCAAUCUUAUUUUGUAGAAAAUACUUUGCUUGUUCUAUUUAUUUGUAAUAGGGCCAAACUUCCCACUGAGAUUGGUACAAAACUACCAUCAGCUAUAAAAGAAAGUGUGUUUAAUGUAGGGAACUCCUGGGUUUUACUCCUAGCUCCUUUACUGACUCAUGUCAUGUUGGGUAAGUCACUUAAUUUAUCUGUGCCUAAGUUUCCCCAUCUGUAAAAUGGGGAUGAUACUUCCCUACCUCACAUGGGGGGGAGGCUCAAUUCACUGAUGUUUUUAAAGUGUUUUGAGACCCUCAGAUGUAAGGCACACGAGGUGUGCAAAGUACAACUACUCUAUUUAAUGGGAGUUCCAUAUUCAGGAUGUUGGCAGGAAAUGGCCUAUUUUUUCUUGUGUAAACGGACUAAUCUAAAUAAAUGUAUGACAUGA